AUGUUCAAGAUUGCCAUCUGUCUGCUGGCCCUGGCCACCGGCGCCCUGUCCGCCAGCAUUGGCCAGGUGAGCAGCACCACGGAGAAGCGUGAGAUUGUGCCGCUGCUGAAAUUCGAGACGGACAAGCAGCCGGAUGGCUCCUUCCAUUUCUCCUACGAGGGUGGCGACAAGUCCAUGCGCUCGGAGCAGGGCGUGAUCGAGAAUGCCGGCACAGAGGACGAGGCCUUGGAGGUCUCUGGCAUGUACAGCUACGUCGAUGCCGAUGGCAACACUGUGGUGGUUAACUACACCGCCGGCAAGAACGGAUUCGUGCCCGUCGGCACCAUCAUUCCCGCUGAGAUCACUGCGCUGGCCAAGGCUGCCGCUGAUUUGCCCAAGGUUUCCGAGGAGGAGGAGCAGAAGUACAAGUCCCGCCGAUCCCGUUCCCAGGAUGUGGAGAAGGAGGUCGCCGCCGUGGAGAAGAAGGAGGCCGUCGUUGCCGUGGAGAAGGAUGCUGUUGUGGCCAAGGAAUCCGUCAUAGUGGCCAAGGCCGAGCCCCUGCCCGCCGAGUCUCAGGUGGUGCCCGUCCAGGUCGUUGUCGAGUCCGUGCCCGAGGCGGAGGUCAAGGCCGCCCCCGUCGUCGCUAAGGAGGUGGAGACCAAGACUGCCUAG